AUGGAAAACCACCACCACCACCAUCACCAGCAGCCGGCCGCCGCUAGCGCCCCGCCCAAGUAUAGGGGCGUGAGGAGGCGGAAGUGGGGCAAGUGGGUCUCCGAGAUCCGGCAGCCGAGCACCAAGGUCCGCGUCUGGCUCGGCAGCUUCGAAUCAGCCGAGGCCGCGGCCGUGGCGCACGACGUGGCCGCGCUGUGCCUGCGCGGCCCGGACGCGCAGCUCAACUUCCCCGGGUCUGCGGGCUGGCUGCCCCGGCCGGCCAGCACGGACCCGACCGACAUCCGUGCAGCCGCGGCUGAGGCGGCCGAGCGCGUGCGGCGCGAGCCGGAGCUGGUCGCCGCGACGAGCAACCAGGCGGCCGAGCCCGGACGCCCCGAGCGGGCCGUGUGUGAAGCUCGCGGCGAGUUUGACGAUGACAUGCAGUCGCCGAGGCUGUGGGCUGAGAUGGCAGAGGCCAUGCUGCUGGACCCACCCAAAUGGGACCCGGACGGCAGUGACACGGCCGAGGGCUCUCAACACUGGCCCCAGGGGUCCCUAUGGGACUAAGCUGCCAAGUAUUCUGCUGCUAAAAGUGUGAUGUGUUCACGUGGCGCUUCGUUUGCUGCUAUUCUCGAUCGUCCUUUUUCUUUUCUAUGGAUUUUGCUGCUAUUCGUUUUUUUUUCUUUUUUAUGAAUUUCGCUGCUAUUCGUAUUCGUUUUGUUUCAUCGUUUUGA